AUGCGUCACCGAUCCCCUGUUGACAUGGCAGACUUUACAGUCAAUCUCAACUUGGUUUUGCAACACCCAAGUGCCCUGUUUGGUGUCAAAAUUGUAUCCGAACAAGAGGGUGUAGUACCUGCCGGCCUUGGUUUCAAAAAGGCUUAUGAGUUGGAGCCUAGAGCUUGCAACUGCAGGGAGAUCAUAACCCCCAAUAUCACUGCUCAAGUAAUGAUAUGCACUUCCACGCACUCUCCUCGUUCCAUGGAUGAAAAACAGCCUAAUCGGUUUCAGUACUGCUUCGCUGCCAUUUGA